ACAUGGCUGAGGUAAGUCGUGAUAAUGAAACUGUGAAAAAGGGGCCUGAGGCUUCAUCUCCGGAAUCUGUGCCAGUUGACGCGACCGUCUCCAGGGUGAAGCUCCUCGACACCAUAGUGGACACUUUUCUCCAGAAACUAGUCGCGGCCAGGAGCUAUGAGAGAUUCACCAGCUGUUACAAACACUUCUACCAGCUGAAUCCUGAGGUGACACGGCGGGUCUAUGACAAGUUUGUGGCUCAGUUGCAGACAUCCAUCCGGGAGGAAAUCUCAGAAAUAAAACAGGAGGGGAACCUCGAAGCUGUCCUGAACUCCCUGGAUAAGAUUGUAGAAGAAGGCAAAGAUCACGGAGAGCCAGCCUGGCGACCCAGUGGAAUCCCAGAGAUGGACCUGUGCAGUGUCAUGGCACCCUACCUCCUGAAGCAACAGGAUACCCUAUGUCGCCGAGUGCGGAAACAGGAGGCCAAGAACCAGGAACUGGCUGACGCUGUUGUGGUCGGGCGCAGGCAGGUGGAAGAGCUGGAGCAGCAGGUUCAGGUCCUCCAGCAGGCAUGGCAGGCUCUGCACAGAGAGCAGAGGGAGCUACUGUCAGUGCUGAGGGCACCUGAGUGAGGAGCCACUGGGCCCUAGAGCAGAGGACAUCAUGGUCCUGUGGAGGCGGUUCCCAGGCAGUAAUGGAGGCUCCCUUCAACCACUUAGGUUCUGGUAGGGUUACCCAUACACCACCUUCAGAUCCCUGCCGCCAUCUUGUGCCUGGAGGCCUGGAACUCCCACCCUGGCAUCAGAAACCAGGCUUUGUCUCCUGGAGUUGCAGCCGGCACUGCCCCACACCGUCCUGGUCCCCAGCCCUCCCUGGACCAGCUGGAGAAUCGGUCUCUACUGAUUGCUGCUUUGCUGGCCAGCUCACAGGCCCUUGCCAUGUUCUCCCCAACUGAUUGCCGCCUUGUUGACUGGCCUAAGGGCCCUUGCCAUGUUCUCCCCACAUCUGUAAAUAAACUUCCUCUACUGCACUGUAAUCUGUGAGGAUGCUUCCUCGCCAGGCGUCUGGAGUCAAGACCAUUUUUGGGCUCCUGAGCUCUGUCUGCAGUUAAGUCAUCAGUCUGAGGACUCUGGAAGCCUACAGGCCAGGAGUGGGUUGUUUUGAUCGCCCUGUGCAGACGGCAGCAGGAACCAGGGUCGUUGGGUUCCCUGAGGUCAGGGUGAGCCGUCACUGUGUGGCUGGCGCUGCCCUGUGCUGCUCGUUGGGGCAGAGAAACCUGUUUCAAAAAAUAA